UUUGUUAUCACUGCAUGUAAUUAUCUCAAUCGAGGUUUAACAUACAUAUAUAUGUAUCCGUAAAACAAUAUUUUCUAUGAAACCCAGUGUAGUCAGAGAUGAAGACACCCUCCGUGCUUGUAGCCUUAGCUUUGUUGGCAUUCGUGAAAGAUGCCUGGUGCAGACGACAUUUUCAUGGCCAUAAAUCAAAAUAUGGUCAAAAAAUUGUUGGAGGUUAUAAUAACACUAUCGACAAUGUACCAUAUAUAGUGUAUUUACUAAUUCAAAGUCCAAAAAACGAAUAUUUCCAAUGUGGAGGUUCCAUAAUAAGUGAUAGAUAUAUUUUGACGGCUGCUCAUUGCGUACAAGGUAUGGUAAAAGCGAUCAUCAGAGCUGGCAGUUCCGAUGCCGAUAGUGGCGGCACCCAAUAUACCAGUAGCACUUUAUUAUUACAUCCCUUGUAUAACUCUAAAAAUUACGAUCACGAUGCCGCUCUUAUACGGACCACAAGACGGAUACGUUUGGAUGGGAAGACUGUAAAGGCAAUACCAUUGGCUGAUGAUGGGUGUGAUGUCAGUUCAGGAACCAACGUUAUGGUUUCAGGCUGGGGUGCAACUUCUGAAAAUGGUGAAGUCAGUUCUGACCUCAUGUCAGUCCAAGUGCAAUCUGUUUCACAAGACGUUUGCCAGCAACAACUUGGUUAUAGCGUUACCGAUUGUCAAUUUUGUGCCGGUGUUCCUGAAGGUGGUAAAGAUUCUUGCCAGGGUGACUCAGGGGGACCGGCUGUUCAAGCAGCUUCCUCGCGGGGAGGUACAUCACAGAGAGCAUGUCCGUCAGCUACAGGAGCUCAAAUUGGAAUUGUAUCGAAUGGAAUUGGUUGUGCCAGACCAGGAAAACCAGGGGUUUAUACAAAAAUAUCAUGUUCUACUGUGCGUUCUUGGAUAAAACUUACUGCUGGUGUUUAAAAACAGUGUUGAUAAGAUAACGCUUCAAUGACCGUAUUUAUUUAGCUGACCUGAAUAUAUUUUAAAUCAACUCUUACAAAUAUCUGAAUUUCAUGAGUAAUGACUGCUGGUUUUAUUACAUUUAGGGUGAAGGUAUAUCAUGUAUAAAAUACAAAAUAAAAUAACACUGUUUACAAA